CCCUCCUUCCUUAAAAUCUUAGAUCUCAUGUUGUGCACCGUACUGUCCAACGAUGUAAUCUUACCGUACAUGCCUAUUUAUAACUCAUCAAACAAGUGCAUAGUCAUCUACUCAUCUCAAAUAUUUCAUCCAGUCAAGUGAUGUCGCAUUCGGGUUUUGAAGCUCUCAAAGAAAUUCACGACAUAGCAAACAAUUUGCUGCACUCACCAGCCAUCAAACAAGCCCUUGUCCAGAACCAGCAGGAGAAACAUGUGCAUGAGAUAUCCGAAGAAUCUCUGUGCAUGUUGGAUGCCUGUGGAACUACUAAAGAUGUUCUUUUGUUAGUCAAAGACCAUCUCCACCAGCUUCAAUCAACUUUUCGCAGGAUCAGCAUUGGUGAAACCACGGCCACUGAGAACAAGCUUGCCGGCUUCUAUAUCCACCGAAAGAAGUUAAAGAAUGAGCUGCUGAAUUGCUUGAGGUCAUUGAAGGGGUUGAAGAACAAUUGUAUUACCAACAGUGAUAGCGACGGCCCCAUUGAUCCCAACCUUGUGGUGGUUGUCAAUGUGCUCAGAGAAGUGAGAGUAUCAGCUAUUUCGAUUGUGGAAUCACUAAUGUCAUUAAUGUCCAUGCCGAGUCCUGUUUGUAAAUCAAACAGAGGGUCAUUUAGGUCAAAAUUCAUGCGAGUGAAUAGCCUAAGCCUGUGGGAAAAUUGUGACAGGAAAACAUUCCAAACAGGCAACAAAAUAUUGGAAGCUGUAGAGAUUGCUAUUGAGGAUCUUGAAGCUGAAUUAGAAUGUAUUUUCAGAAGGUUGAUUCAAACCCGAGUUUCCCUUCUCAACAUAUUCACCACCUAACCGAAAAAUAGUCAAUUUAACCAAUCUGUUAUAUACUGUUCUCCUUACACCUCAAGUCAAAGCUUUUAGAAGCGCACACAGUUGAUUACUUAUAACUAUACGUUGAUUCUUUACAUUUCUUUCAGCUAAUUAUUCU